CAUUUGAUUUGAUUUUAAAGGGCAGGAGGAAGAAGAAGGAAAUGGCGACCUCAGCAGGAGCCGGUACCGGUUCCUCCGGCGGCCGCUUGGUCCAGUACGUGGUGGUUCGGUCGGAUCUGGUUCACAAACUGUCGUGGCCGUUAGGAGCCGUUAUAACUCAGGCCUGCCACGCCGCUGUCGCCGCCAUUCAGCUGAACUACGCGGAUCCGGACACGCAGCGGUACCUCCGGGAGCUGGACUCUAUGCACAAAGUGGUGCUGGCGGCUCCAGACGAGGCCUCGCUGUCCCGUCUGUCCCAGAGUCUGACCCAAGCCCGUGUGGACCACAAGCUGUGGGUGGAGCAGCCCGAGAACACGGCCACCUGCUUGGCUCUGAAACCGUACCCCAAAGACGCCGUCCAGCCGCUGCUGCACAAAUUCAAAUUGUUCAAAUGACUGAGGACAAGUUACUGGGACGAUCACCGAGGAAACAGUUGUCAGCGUGUGAUCAGCUGAUCACUGUAUGUCAUCUUCAGAUGACAUUAAAGUGUGACGGGGAACACGUCACCGCAUUCAACGGGUCGGUAAGACCGACAGCGGAGACGCACCGCAACAUGAAUCCUGUUUCACAAUCAAUCAAUCAAUCAAUUUUUUUAUAUAGCGCCAAAUCACAACAAACAGUUGCCCCAAGGCGC